CUGGUGAGGGCCAUUUCCUUCUCUGGGGAUGAUAAAUAGCAGAGGUGCUCUCCAUCUCGACUCACAAACCUGCAACUCCUCUCGUCCCUCGUUCAACAGCUGCAUCAUCUGUCAUCCCAGAAACAUGAGUCGGAACUCUCUCAGCGCCAAUCAGCAGCUCUUUAAAGGGGACUUCCUCAUGAGUAACAACCAAGAGUACAAGGCUAUCUUUCAGGACGAUGGAAACUUUGUCAUCUACAAAUGGUCUCCGAUCUGGGCCACCAACACUGAAUGUGGCCCGGCUUUCAGAGUCAUUAUGCAAGAAGAUUCAAACCUGGUCGUUUACACCAAAGAAGAUGAGCCCGUCUGGGCCAGCAAUUCAGCCGCUGCAAAUUGCAAUCAGGUUCGUCUGACCCUGACCAACAAAGGAGAACUGGUUACUUCCAAGAAAGGGGUGGAAACCUGGUCAUCUAGUUGUCGCUAAGGAGUUUCAAUUCAAACAGUGCUUUUAUGCGGUCGAUCGAGACAUGUCACGCAGUGAUUGGUGUUACAUGAAAUAAACAUAAUCAUAACCGCUCACUGUGUGGCCCU